UACCGAGAUGGUGGUGUGUUAGCGACGAACGACUGCGGGGCUGGGUCCGGUCAGAUGGGGACCCGGGGGGUGCGAUGGGCGCUAUAUUGUGCCGCAGCGGCGACUUGUUCUCCUCCCCAUCACACACACACACACACAAUGACAUCGUCCCUCUCCCUCCAGCAGAGCAUCAGCGGCACGGACGCGCUCGACGUGAGCAAGCUCUUCAGCGUCGCGGGGCGCGUGGCGAUCGUCACGGGCGGCGGUACCGGCCUUGGCCUCGUCACAGCCACCGCGCUCGCCGAGAACGGCGUCAAGGUGUACAUCACCGGCCGGCGGCUCGAGCCCAUCGAGGCCGCGGCCAAGUUCAAGCCGCGGAAGGGCGACGGGCAGAUCAUCGCCGUGCAGGCCGACCUCGCGACCAAGGCUGGCAUCGCCGCGCUGCGCGACUACGUCGCGGAGCGCGAGAAGUUUGUCAACAUCCUCAUCAACAACCACGGCGUGUUCCUCGGCCGCGCGGAACUCGACGCCAAGCCCCAGACUGCCGAAGCGCUCGGUAAGGCCAUGUUCGAGGAGGAGAGCUUUGAGCAGUGGGGCGACCUCUUCGCGAUCCACGUCUCGUCGCCGUACUUCAUGACGGCGGCCUUCCUCCCCCUCCUGGCGGCAGCCAAGACGGCCGGCUUCCCGGAGCCCGGCAACGUGAUCAACAUUGCGUCCCUGUCGGGCAUUACGCGCACGUCGCAGCGCGGGCAGUUCAACUACAACGCCACCAAGGCGGCGACGAUCCACCUGAGCCUGAUGCAGGCGACCGAGUUUGCUCGGCGUGGCUUGGGCAUCCGCGUCAACUCGGUGUCGCCGGGAUACUUCCCCAGCGGCAUGUCAGUUGCCGACUUUGACAAGAAGAGCGGGGACGAGGCCCACUGGAAGGACGAGUAUGGCAUUCCGUUCGGCCGGGUCGGCACAGCAACCGACUACGCGCAGUGCAUCAUCAGCCUCGUGGUCAACCAGUACGUCACCGGCGAGAACUUUAUCAUCGACGGCGCGUGGCUCGCGGGCCAGAAGUUUUAGGUAUAGAAGUGCAUGGUGAUGCUAGCCCGGAC